GCACAUGCCGCUGCCACCACCGGGGCCGGGGCCGGGGCCGGAGCCUAUCCCAGGAUGCACCGCGCCAGCCCAGUCCCCAGUGGGCCGCCAUGUUGUCGGAGUGAAAGGUAAGGGGGAGCGAGAGCGUCGGAGAGAGAAGAUCGGGGGGCUGAAAUCCAUCUUCAUCCUACCGCUCCACCCGUGUUGGUGGAAUGAGCGUUGCAUGUGUCUUGAAGAGAAAAGCAGUGCUUUGGCAGGACUCUUUCAGCCCCCACCUGAAACAUCACCCUCAAGAACCAGCUAAUCCCAACAUGCCUGUUGUUUUGACAUCUGGAACAGGGUCGCAAGCGCAGCCACAACCAGCUGCAAAUCAGGCUCUUGCAGCUGGGACUCACUCCAGCCCUGUCCCAGGAUCCAUAGGAGUUGCAGGCCGUUCCCAAGACGACGCUAUGGUGGACUACUUCUUUCAGAGGCAGCAUGGUGAGCAGCUUGGGGGAGGAGGAAGUGGAGGAGGCGGCUAUAAUAAUAGCAAACAUCGAUGGCCUACUGGGGAUAACAUUCAUGCAGAACAUCAGGUGCGUUCCAUGGAUGAACUGAAUCAUGAUUUUCAAGCACUUGCUCUGGAGGGAAGAGCGAUGGGAGAGCUCUUGCCAGGUAAAAAGUUUUGGGAAACAGAUGAAUCCAGCAAAGAUGGACCAAAAGGAAUAUUCCUGGGUGAUCAAUGGCGAGACAGUGCCUGGGGAACAUCAGAUCAUUCAGUUUCCCAGCCAAUCAUGGUGCAGAGAAGACCUGGUCAGAGUUUCCAUGUGAACAGUGAGGUCAAUUCUGUACUGUCCCCACGAUCGGAGAGUGGGGGACUAGGCGUUAGCAUGGUGGAGUAUGUGUUGAGCUCAUCCCCGGGCGAUUCCUGUCUAAGAAAAGGAGGAUUUGGCCCAAGGGAUGCAGACAGUGAUGAAAACGACAAAGGUGAAAAGAAGAACAAGGGUACGUUUGAUGGAGAUAAGCUAGGAGAUUUGAAGGAGGAGGGUGAUGUGAUGGACAAGACCAAUGGUUUACCAGUGCAGAAUGGGAUUGAUGCAGACGUCAAAGAUUUUAGCCGUACCCCUGGUAAUUGCCCGAACUCUGCUAAUGAAGUGGAUCUUCUGGGUCCAAACCAGAAUGGUUCUGAGGGCUUAGCCCAGCUGACCAGCACCAAUGGUGCCAAGCCUGUGGAGGAUUUCUCCAACAUGGAGUCCCAGAGUGUCCCCUUGGACCCCAUGGAACAUGUGGGCAUGGAGCCUCUUCAGUUUGAUUAUUCAGGCACGCAGGUACCUGUGGACUCAGCAGCAGCAACUGUGGGACUUUUUGACUACAAUUCUCAACAACAGCUGUUCCAAAGACCUAAUGCGCUUGCUGUCCAGCAGUUGACAGCUGCUCAGCAGCAGCAGUACGCACUGGCAGCUGCUCAUCAGCCACACAUUGGUAUGUUUUCAGCAGGUUUAGCUCCCGCUGCGUUUGUCCCCAAUCCAUACAUCAUCAGCGCUGCUCCCCCAGGGACGGACCCCUACACAGCUGGAUUGGCUGCAGCAGCGACACUAGGCCCAGCUGUGGUCCCUCACCAGUAUUAUGGAGUUACUCCCUGGGGAGUCUACCCUGCCAGUCUUUUCCAGCAGCAAGCUGCUGCUGCCGCCGCAGCAACUAAUUCAGCUAAUCAACAGACCACCCCACAGGCUCAGCAAGGACAGCAGCAGGUUCUCCGUGGAGGAGCCAGCCAACGUCCUUUAACCCCAAACCAGAACCAGCAGGGACAGCAAACAGAUCCCCUUGUGGCAGCUGCAGCAGUAAAUUCUGCCCUUGCAUUUGGACAAGGUCUGGCUGCAGGCAUGCCAGGUUAUCCGGUGUUGGCUCCUGCUGCUUACUAUGACCAAACUGGUGCCCUUGUAGUGAAUGCGGGCGCGAGAAAUGGUCUUGGAGCUCCCGUUCGACUUGUAGCUCCUGCCCCAGUCAUCAUUAGUUCCUCAGCUGCACAAGCAGCUGUUGCAGCAGCCGCAGCUUCAGCAAAUGGAGCAGCUGGUGGUCUUGCUGGAACAACAAAUGGACCAUUUCGCCCCUUAGGAACACAGCAACCUCAGCCCCAGCCCCAGCAGCAGCCCAGUAACAACCUGGCAUCCAGUUCUUUCUACGGCAACAACUCUCUGAAUAGCAAUUCACAGAGCAGCUCCCUCUUCUCCCAGGGCUCUGCCCAACCUGCCAACACAUCCUUGGGAUUCGGAAGUAGCAGUUCUCUCGGCGCCACCCUGGGAUCUGCCCUUGGAGGGUUUGGAACAGCAGUUGCAAACUCCAACACUGGCAGUGGCUCCCGCCGUGACUCCCUGACUGGCAGCAGUGACCUUUAUAAGAGGACAUCGAGCAGCUUGACCCCCAUUGGACACAGUUUUUAUAACGGCCUUAGCUUUUCCUCCUCUCCUGGACCCGUGGGCAUGCCUCUCCCUAGUCAGGGACCAGGACAUUCACAGACACCACCUCCUUCCCUCUCUUCACAUGGAUCCUCUUCAAGCUUAAACCUGGGUAAGAACCAUUACUCUAACACCACCUUGAACUCUAGAACUCUCUUGCCACCGAUGACAUUACAAGAACUUUGCAUAAGCAAAGGACAGUCCCUUUAUACUAGAAGUGUCCUGGGUGUUCUGUGCCUUCCGUAAAUACCUCAUGUUAUUCAGGCUGUACCUAUAGAUAGUAUAGCAGUUUUGGCUUUAUUAUAGUUUGGGUACAUUUCCCUGUAUAUUCAGUUAGCUUUAGUAUGAACAUUUUAUUCUUUGGCUACCUGUGAGAGUAUUUCAGUGUAAACAGUAUAAACACAGAUUCAUCUCAGUGAAGCUAGGAAACACAGAGACAGAAUUUAAUCACCUAGUAUCACCACCUGAAAUUAACCACCACAAUUAAUAUUUUGCCUUACUUCUUUUCAAAUUUUUUCCUCUGCUAUAUGUACAUAUAAUAUCUUGCUUUUUCACAUAAAGCAUUUUAUUUUUAAAAUUUUGCCAUAUGUUAAAAUAUUUGUAAAUAUAAACUCUCAAACUAUAUAGUAUGUGAAUGAGGAGAUAUAUGUUUCCCUGUUAAAUAUUUAGGUUGUUCUAUGCAUGGGAUUUUAAAAUAUUACCAUCUAGAUUCUAGAAAAUGGGGAGGGAAAAAGAGGAUCCUAAGCAGCAGGCUAUAAGAAUGAAAAGAAAAUUAUAUUACCUUUUUUUUUGUGGCAAAUGUCUAAAUCUUUCAGGACAUGGGAGAUGUUUUCUUAUCUCAAACAUGGGUGCAUACUCCUCUCCUGCAGUUAUUUAGUAAGCUUGAAGUACUGAUUUGUUUGCUAGAUGGGGAAAGUUGAGUCCUAGGUGUAGAGUCACCACAUAGUGUAUCAUGCAAACCAGGACACUUGCGAGUGGAUGGGGUGCUGUGAAUAAUUAUUUGGUGAUGGUGGCCUAAAUCAGGACUGUCCUGGGCAAAUCAGCAUGUGUGGCCACUUUAUCAAGAUUCUGUUUUUAACCAGCAAGAUUAAAAGUGGCUUCAUGGACUCAGAAGUGAGAACUGACUGGAAACAAACAGGUGCUUUCAUUUGGAUAGACAGACUAGUAAGUGAUUUAUAGGAUUUAAGAGACGUCUUAAGUGGGUAGCGUGAUAGACUUAUUAUUCUAGAACUAAGAAUGAUAGCUUUGAGUUUGAAAGAGGUGAGUUUCAAGUCAAAACUAUGUUUAUAUAUACAUAUUGGUAUUUGUGUGCGUAUCCUGAAUUUUUAUACAAUAAGAACUUUAGUUGUAAAACUCAUUUUCUCAGAAUAUAUAUGAACAUCACUUUAGAAAAGUUACUGUGUCAUUCUUGAUUAGUAGGCCCAUGAUAGGUAGACAAGAGAAUGGGGUACAUUAUACAACCGUGUUUCCUAGUGACAGAAUGCCUGGCUUCAAAGAUUAGGGGUUAAUGUAAAAUCUGGAGAGGGUUGUCAGACUCCCAGUUUGAUAUGUGGCUAGGAGGAAGGAACUAAUGUUCACUGACCUGGCAGUUACCUGCUGGUGUUAAUGGUUUUGGGUCCUGUACAUACAACACUAGAGGGCAUAGGUAUUAUCCCGUGUCUCAGGACUUAAAUAUCUUGCUUAGCCUAGGUUAUCUCAGAUAUGAACAGAUUUAGAAUCCAGCCUUUUUGACUCCAAAGCUUGCAGAUUCGGUGUGUAUAUCCUGUCACAUGAUAUACUCAGGAUAUCUUGAACCAGUCCAUUAUCAAAUCCAGGAAUAUAUAUAUCUUUUAAUUUCUUGGUUUAAAAACAUGUGAACUAUGUCAUCCCAUACUGCGGACUAAAUAAACUGAACCGGCUGCAUUUUUUUUCAUAAAGAGCCAGAUAGUAAAUAUUUUAGGUUUUGUGGGCCAGAUGGUAUCUGUAGUGACUAUUCAACUCUGCUGUUGAAGUGUGAAAGCAACCAUAGACAAAAUAUAAAUGAGUGGAUAUAUAGCUAUCUUCUAAUAAAACUUU